AUGAAAGCUGAUCCAAAAAAGGAAUUAAAAGGACGGAGCGAUGAAAUCACGAAAAUCAAUAGAAAACUUGAAUCAAAAGAUAUUGCACUUCUAAACUUGUUUGGGUCGUCCGGGAUAGGAAAGACAGAGCUUGCAAAAGAAGUUUGUUCAAAAUGGAAAGGGAUUUCUCGUAUUUUUGACCUGAGGAAGGCACAGGAUAUGACAGCGAUCUAUCACAACAUGCUUCAUUCUCUCGAACUAGCUGUUCCAGCCGGUCGUGUUGAGCAAUUGCAAGAGUAUGUUGUAGCAAAGGUUCAAGAGAAAGUGAAAGAGCUGAAAGAUGGGGAACAGCCUGUUCUUUUUAUGCUGGAUAAUGUGGACCAAUUUACCGCAGGGAAAAAAGAAGAGGGGAAAAGGUUAAAAAAAGCAUUCCUAUGCUUUUUAGAAGAAAUUUUAGAAAGUGAAGAAAAAAGACUUCCUUUAAAACUGCUUCUUACUUCAAGCACUAAGUUAGAGGAGCUCAAAAAGAUGGAUAAUUUUGAAGUUAAGUCUCUUGAGAGAUCUUUUUCAGAGAAAAUCCUCAUCCCUGAGGGAAUGACUGAUGUAAAAACCCAUCAGAAGGAUCAUUUAAUAAGCAUUGCCAAAGGAAUCCCUCUUAUUUUGAAAGGACUGGCUGCUAUCUUGAGACAGGAACGAAAAUCUGUUGAUGAUCUCAUUGCAAGCGUCACUGCCUCUUCACAGCAAUCUGAAGCAGAGGGAGAUGCGAGAAGUAGUGUACCCACUUUUGAGCAAGAAGGAGUAGACAUGGGUCAGAUGUCAGUGAUUCAAGAAAUGUUUGAUACACUUCCCACUGAAAGUUUAAGGGUAUCUGCAGUAGUAAUUUCCUUGUUUCAUGGACCUUUCUCUGUGAAAAUGGCUGCCAAAGUUCUUGGUUUUGAUGAGGUGGAAGCCAUUGCUCAGUUAGAGGGACUCUUUGCCGGUGAAAUAAUUUUUGUUGUUGAUGAAGAAGCAAAAGAGAGGAAGUACGACAUUCAUCCACUCUUACAAAAGUAUGCUGAUAGUAUCAAGAGUCUUGAAGACUUUAAUACUUCUUUCCUUGAGGCAAAGGAACGCUUCUAUGAACUCUUCAUGUACAGGAUGAAGAAAAUUGCAGAACUCAUUGAGCCAGAUUAUGUCAGAGCAUUCCAUUUGUUUGAGAGUGACAAAGCCAACUAUGAGUUCACUGUUGAGAUCUCCUUGCAACCAGAAUAUUUCAGUGUUCCAGCUGAAUUCCGUGAAAAUGCCUUGAUGGCAUCCCUUUUCAUUGCAAUGCUGCAUGAGAAACUGAUCCCGGUCUUUGGUUCCUGGGCUGAGAAAUGUGAAGAUGAUGGAAAAUCAGGUACUUUUUCAAUAAAAAAUUCUAAUUUAUUUAGUAAUUUUCCCUACUGUCUGCCAUACUAUUUUUAUGAUGUUAAUAUGGUGAAUUUGAUUUUAGAUCAACUAAUAAUUCCCCAAUUGAUAUUUUCUUUAUUCUCAUCACCUGUGUGCUUGAUAUGGUAUUAAUAUUGUAGGGAGAAAUUCUGUCUUGGUCACUCAAAGGAUUGAGUGCUUGAAAAUUUUAAAUUUCAAUUAAAAUUACACAAUGCAUAUUGAUCUUUAUAAGGUAGAAAGUUCUCUUAUUUUCUCAAAUGUGAUUGAUGCAUUAGCUGCUUUAUUUUUCCAAUGAUUAUUAUCUAAUCUGAGUGUAAUUGACAGACAGUUGACUGUAAUCUGACAGUUAACCUUUAACUCCAAGAUCAAAUUUGUAAUUCUCCUAAAUGUCAACCAUACAAUUUUUAUAGUGUUAGUUCAGAGAAGUUAGUAUUGGAUCAACUUAUUAUCCCCAAAUUGAUAUUUUUCUUUAUUCUUAUCACUUAUCUGGUUGACAUUGUGUUGAUGUUGUAAUGAGAAAUUCUGUCUUGGUCACUCAUGGGAGUUAAAGGGUUAAAGCUACCAAUCAUACUAAGUCCACUCAGCUAAAUUCAUCAAUCACAGAAUGUAUUAAAAUAACUAUGAUAGCAACAACCACUUCCCUACAAAUCUGGGAAAAUGCCUAAAUGAAGGAAUUUUUUACUUUAGACAAAUUGUCUCUUUGUGAUAUAUUUUUCUCACUGUCAAUUUUGACUUACUUCCACUGUAAUUUUUUUUUGGGAAAUUACAAUGGUUAUGAUAUAUUGGUAACAGGACUUUGUGUUGUCCAAUUCUGUCUGUAAUCAUACUGGUAAAAAUAAUUAACAAAUCAGACUGUGCAGAUGUUGGAUUUUGUCAAUACCUUGUAUGAUUACAGACUCAAUAAAAACUAUAACAAAAUUCUUGAACUUGAUUGGUUAUAACCAGCUCAAUCUGAGUACAAAUAGGAUAGUGUACAUGUCAUGCUUUUAAUUGGACAGUGUAAUAGGACAGUUAAGGGGUCAGUUAACACAUCAUGCCUGUCUAAUUGGACAGUGUAAUAGGACAGUUAAGGGGUCAGUUAACACAUCAUGCCUGUCUAAGUGGACAGUGUAAUAGGACUGUUAAGGGGUCAGUUAACACAUCAUGCCUGUCUAAUUGGACAGUGUAACAGGACUGUUAAGGGGUCAGUUAACACAUCAUGCCUGUCUAAUUGGACAGUGUAACAGGGCUGUUAAGGGGUCAGUUAACACAUCAUGCCUGUCUAAUUGGACAGUGUAAUAGGACUGUUAAGGGGUCAGUUAACACAUCAUGCCUGUCUAAUUGGACAGUGUAAAUAGGACUGUUAAAUGGAGAAUAAUUGGACAGUGUAACAGGACUGUUAAGGGGUCAGUUAACACAUCAUGCCUGUCUAAUUGGACAGUGUAACAGGACUGUUAAGGGGUCAGUUAACACAUCAUGCCUGUCUAAUUGGACAGUGUAACAGGACUGUUAAGGGGUCAGUUAACACAUCAUGCCUGUCUAAGUGGACAGAAUGUGUCAUGUGCACACGCUGUUGUUAAUCGUUUAACUUCCAUGAGUGACCAACACAGAAUUUCUCCUUACAAUAUCAAUACAAUAUUGACCAGAUAAAUGAUGAGAAUAAAGGAAAAUAUCAAUUUGGGGAUAAUUAGUUGAUCCAAUACUAAAUUCUCAGAACUAACAUUAUGAGAAUUGUAUAGUUGAUAGUAAGGGGAAUUACAAAUUUGAUCUGGCAGUUAAAGGGUUAAUCACUAGUGUGAUAAUAGAACAAAUUGGACUCCACUUGGCCCUAUCACCAUCAUGAAUUGGAAUCCACUCGGUCCUGUUAUCAUUUUUUAUUGGUGUUUUACCUAUUUCCAUACCCCUAUUUUUAUACUUUCUGCUUCUAUCAAAGUUUAAUGCCCCAUGAGUAGGUUAACCAUGGCUUUCCUCUAGAUUGAGAUGUUGGCAAUUAUGUUUAGUGUCAGAGUAAGGAAUUGGCAUGGCCCCCAUCUUGAAAGGGUUAGAGAGCAUUAUACGGGGGACACUAAAGCAAAGGACUUCUAAGUUUUUCUGCUAAGAAUCCAGAACCUCUUUUCUGGCAUCUUUAUUUGUGAGUUUGUAAAAGCCUCAUAAGUCACGCCCUAUUGAAUUGCGUAGCCAAAGGGGCAGGAAUAGGGCUAGUUAUGUUUGUUUUUUUAUUUCUAAUUUGUUUGCUUAAUCAUCUUUACAUAGGUUCCCUUGCUCGAGCACAGUUGAAGUCUUGGGAAGCCAGACAAGUUGCAGAUGUUGUUGGGACUGAGAAAGCAUUCAAAGUAUUGAAAGAAGCUCUAUUUUCAAUGGAGGGAGUUGAAGACAAAUCUAGCGAGUCCUUUAAGCUCACCAAAGGCCUUUACUUGCACACUGAAGGAGAAAUUCUCUGGAGAAACAGAGACUAUAAAAAAGCACUUGCAAGCUUGACGUUGUCCUUAACUUUCUCUGAGCCGCUACUAAAAGAACAUACCGAUCUUGCAAGGUGCUACAAUGCAAUUGGAAACUGUCAUCUAAGUCUGAAACAGCCCACAAAAGCGCUUGAGUUCUUUGAAAAAGCCUACAUGAUGCAAGAGAAAUUAGCAGCCUCUAAGAACCACUUCGACUUGCCAAUGUACAAGCAACAGAUUGGAGCGGCGUAUGAUCAUGAUGGCCUGAAAGAUUAUGAAAAAGCAGUUGAAUGUUACAAAGAUGCACUGGGACUGCUGGAAGAUCUCAAACUCCUAGGUUGUUUGGAUGAAGCACACUUCUGUAGAAAUCUUGCAAAUGUGCUCAUGUUUCAAAAGAAAUAUUCAGAGGCAGUCAAACCUGCAGAAAGGGCUCUCAAGAUUAGGAUGGAUCUCCUCAAAAAUCAUCCACUGACUGUGCGUAGCAUUUUUCAGCGAGCGGUUCUUGAAGUUAAUCUUGAACAUCCAAAAGAAGCCUUGAAGUUCUUCCUUGCAGCAUGGGAGAUGGAAAAGUCACUCGGGGCAGGAAACCACAGUGAAGUAUGGCGAAAGAUUAUUGAAGGUGUUAACGCUAUGUGUUACCGCCUGAAAGAAAAACGACAAUGGGAAAGAUUUAGGAAAGAUGCCUUCAGGUUUUGUCAGCGAUUCUGGGGAGAACAGAAAGUAUCUGCACAAUUCACCUUCAAUAAGUACAACAGAGAAAUCAUUGAUGCGCUAAAAGAGUAUGCUAUUGAUAAGAAAGACAAACAUGCAGUGCGUAAGGAACAACUUUGGUUCUACGAAGGGAUGUGCAAUGUCGACGAGAGGGAGUUUCAAGAGACGUUUGAACUGGAAAACGAUAACAAUAUCCUCCUUGAUCUGUUGAAAGAACGAGAUAGGCUCUUAACCGAGGUUAUAGGCCUUUGUUCUGAACUUCACGAGCGUGAGAAGCUUGCAAAACACAAAGAACACAAGGUGGCUUUGUACAAAAUGUGUCUUGUUAAAGCGGGUUUUCUUGGUGACAAGGCAGAUGGCUUGGACAAAGCGUCAUUGAAGAGGAAGGUAGAGGAACUGUACAAAGAGAUAGGAAAAGAACGAAUUAUCCUGGAAUUUAGAGAGACAUUGUUGGCUUCUUGGCAAAUGCAGUGGGAAGAAGGAAAAAUCAAAGAAAAGGCGGAGAAGAUCGGCGUUGAAAGAGAAACGACAAUCGAUGGCAUUCUCCAGUUGAGCAAAGAGCUGAUGAAAGAUACUGUGUACAAACAGUAUGGACAAGAAGCGUUGAGUUUUUAUGAUGAAUUAUGGGAAGUAAAGCACGCUUCCUUGAAGAAUCCCGAAAUGAAGAGGUUCCUUCUUAAAGUAAAGGAUUUGGCGUCGUCCAUCGGUGAUUACAGGAGUAAAAAACUUUAUGAAGAUGCAUUAAAGGUAGGAGUUUACUCAUGUGUCAAACAACCUUAAACGUUAAUGCUGCACGAUUUCUUGUACGCUUUUCUCAAAGACAGCGAAGGAGCUGUUCGUACUAGCUGGUUCUUUGCAGGUAUCAUUUACAAUCUACUAUCUAUUGUAAUUUGUUUUGUUUUGACCCUUUUUUCGGUCCUGUUUUGGUUUUUGGAGAAAUUCCACCUGGUACAAGUACCUUCGGCAUCAAAUUUACCUUACAGAGUGCGACACCAAUAAUUUUUCAGCAAAUAUUUUUGCAUCUAUGUUUUUUUUAGUGACUUACAACUUUUAAAUCAAUGAUUUGAAGAGGCAAUUAAGGAUACUUAUAUUUAGAAAAACUCAGUUGAGUUUGAAAUAUUGUUCCUUUCUUCAUGAGUCUUUGUACUUUUUUUCCAGGCGCUGAAUGAAACUGGAAAACAUCCAGGGGCCAUAUUGAGACCAAAAGGUAACACACUUAGUUUAGAUAAUAACAUGAUUUCAAGCGCAAUUUGCUGUUAGUAGCAAGAGUAAAUUUUUCAAAGACAACAAAACUGUAAGAGCCCGUAGGGCAAGUGCAAAAAGUCUUUGAAAAAUUUGCAGGUGCUUAUUACACCAAACUGCGAGAGAAAUCAUGUUAUUAUAUGUGAAUAAUGUACAUGAAGAAACAUUACAAGAUGUCAAGACAAACGAAAUUUUGAGAGCGUGCGCGCGCUAUUUGUAAUUUGCACUCGUGUCACGUGAGAAUGCACCCGUUUUCAACCAAUCAGAAGCGCAUAAUUAUUAUUCCGAAUGUACAUUAUAUUCUGUUAUCUGAGUGCUUUCUUUACCCAUAAGUAACUUCUGUUUUCAGUAUUGUAUCUCAAUUGGUUUUAUACAUUUAGAUACCUUGAAUGUUGUAGUAUGAAAUUCUGAAACAACAUCGUGCUUAUUUUUACUGAGCUUUAUAUCGACUUCUGCGAAUGUUAUGACUUCGUUUGGAAAUUGAUAACAAAAGUACCUUGAGUCUUAAGUUUAUCAGAAUUUCAAGUCUUGUAAAAAAUAUUUCCUGAUCUCUUUAAACAACAAAAAAUUAAGAGAACAAUAGUGGAGAACAAUUUGAAUGUGUUGAAUUCAGAGACAUAGGGGUUCUUGCUCUAUUCCAGAAAUUUUGGCUUUUGUCUUUCAAAGAUGCAUUACCAUUGGUUCCAGUUGGAAAUGAAGCUGUAUUUAGAACCUGUCCCUCUGUUUUUACUUUUAUUUAUUUUGUUUUCCAUUAGCUGCAAGUUCCACUUCUAAAUCGAAGAGAGAAGAGAAGGAUGAUGAAGAGGAAAAAGAGGAAAUUGAGAUUGAACAGAAAGAGGAAGAGCUCGAAAUUGGCUUAGAAGAAGAAACUGAGGUUGGAGCAGAGAUGGAACCCUCUUCUGAAGGUGUUCAAACUGAUGAGAGAAGCAUCAUUUUCAAGUAAAGCCAUGUUACAUGUAUUAUUUCAAUAGACAUUAGUAUUUAGUUAAACAGCGGAAAGCGUUCAAAGUGCGCUCUGAUUGGCUACUCAAACUCAGAAUAUCCUUUGCUAUUCAUCUCCAAGCAACUCGGAUUAAUUAUAUGGAUGUGCGUGCUCUGAUUGGUCGUCGUCUCUCGCUAUACUUAGCCAUUGGGAGAAACUUUAUUGUCAGGGAAAAACUAAAUGAGAAAGCGGGAUGUUUGUAGCUUUUAUCAUUGUUUCAAGAGCUCAUAGUGCACAUAGCACCCCUUCAGUUCAGCGGCUGCUUUUCUCUAUAACCUGAAGUUUAGAAAAUUGUAAAUAUAAAUGUUUCAAUACCCUUACAACAAGAACACUGAUGUAAUAUCAUAUUAUGUAUAUGGUAUAGUCAACACCAAAUGGUAUACAAGGUGUGCAAUUCACUAGAUAUUUUUUCUUUCAAUUCACAGAGACACUGUAACAAAACAAGGUGGCCGCUGGGACUUGAGGAAGGCGGCAACUCACUUGGUAUUUCCUCGUGGUUUUGUUGCUGAGGACACUAUAUUCACUCUUUUUCGAUUGAAAUCCUCACUGUGUUCUCCUCCUCUUCAGCCAAAUGAAGCCAUAGUCAGCAAUGUUCUUGAAUUAUCGGCAGACACUACUGAAAGUCUUCUAUUCAAUAAAGAAGUCACGAUUGGAAUUUCGCACAGUGCGCUGGACCUUAAAGGAUAUGAAGUGGUGAUUAAGACCUUGGUAGACAGAGAGAGAAAUGAAUGGAAGGAUGUCGAACAAACAGUUGAUUAUAGAUCUCUGUCAGGUAAGCAUUGGAAGUCAUCGUGAAUUAACCAUGGUAACUUGUGUUCAAGCAAUAAAGUGGCCUCUCUCAAAAAUUGUUCAAAAGUCAACUUGUCAAAGCGUGUCGAUCUUUAACAGUUUUGUCAAUGUUCUCCGUUUAUGCCGGUGGUUUUUUUUACUUUUCUUUGCUCCCCAUUAUUUCAGAUAGUUUGAUCAGUACACUUAUCCACACUGUGUACAAGUGCUUAUUACUGUUUGAAAGGGAACCUUGCACUGCAAUUUUUUGUUCCUGUAGGGAACGAACUGACUGUAAAACACAAACAGCAAACAAACAAACGUAAGAAUAUGUACCUUGAUUCUCCCAGUGCGAUUCUUAUGUAAAUGUUGGUGAUAGAGGACAUCUGCCUGUAAACGACAUUUUCAGGAAGAAGAACACACAAUAUACCGUCAAUCUAUUAGAUCUUGUGGUUGUUGGUUUGCCAAACAGGUUCUUGUGGCGAAAGGUGGCUACUUAUGAAAGUGUUUGGGGGUCCCAUUGGAAGAAGGAAGCUGGUUAGAGAACGAAGUAAGCGGUUUUUAAUAUACAUGUAACAAAAGGAUAUCCCGUAUUCACGAUUUGUCAAUUAAUUGCCUAAAAAUUAUUUUUUGCAGAUCUUCAGAGAGUAUAUCACGAUAAUUUUCCUGACUAUCUUCUUCCUGUUGCUGAAACGAAGAUUAUCCAGUGUUCUACCUUCGUUGUGGUUUGCCGUCUCAAGUCCUACAUUUUUACGAUAACAUCAGAACCGUCUACCAUCUCUUUGCCUGAUUUCCCUUUGGUGAAGAUUCAUUUUCCACCAAAUUCGGUCUCGUCCACUGAAGAAUUCAGUGUCAGAGUAAGUUUUCUUAUGUAGGAAAGAAACAAAUUCGACGAUGCAGUUUCAUUGGCUCAAUAUGUUCAUCGUGUGAGUGGUCUUUUAUCUGUGGUGAAUCAUCUCGUCAGUAAUUAUUGUUACAGUUGUGUUUAAUAAAUGUAAUGUUAUUAAUAUUUAUCAUCGACUGAGUGAUUAACUGUUUAGUUCAUGACUCUUAGGUACAAGAAUAUAUUCCCAAGGAAUUGAAAGGCGAGGAAACGGUGGCUGGCCCCAUCAUAAGAAUAUCUUGCAACAAGGAAAUUAAGUUUCAAGAAGCUGUCACCGUCCAGCUGCCGUUGUCCUUGAGAGACACUGAGCAGGACGCUGAAUCAUUGGGUAUUUCUAAUUUGUCCUUAGUCCGUGCUCGAGUCCUGUUUCAACCAUCUAAUGGUACACAGCGAGAGUGGACUGAAAUCACAGAUCUUCUCGAUUCCCCUCCGUGGCUGGAUGGGUUUGUUAUCAAAUUCAACGUGAGACACUUCUCAGGGUACGUCGGUGCAUCUCUUUACUUCUUUACUUUUUGCUUACCACAUCUGUCCCACUCUAAGUGGUACCUUUUCACAUUUUUAGUUUAUAAGCAUUUUUGUGGAAAACCUGUUUGGUAGCCAAGGCUGUUAGAUGUGAAUCAACUGCAAAACAUUUGAAUGAACAGAUUGAAUAUUGUAUUAAGUCAUUUUAGCAGUGUUGAGAUUCUCGUCCUCUUUUAAGUCCUUACUGUUUUUCAAUUUUGUUUCGUUUUCCUGUUGUGUAUGCUUUCGUUUUUGGUUUGCGUUUUCGUUUAUUUGGUAGAAUGUCAUAAGAAAUCUUGAUUGUACAAUUUUGAGGAACGUGUAUUGACAUUGGAGUGUGUUCCUUUCUCCUUUUUUCUCCAAAGAUUUUGGACCUGGCUCGCAUCACCAUUAACCCAAAUUGCCCGUGCAUGGAAUACGGAGAGUGUACGGCAUUCAGUCGUUUUCACAGCUACUGUUCCAGUGCAUACUAGACUUAACACCGAUGUAGAUCUGCUUUUGUACUGCAGUCCAAAUGACAAGAAAAGAGAACACAUCGAUGAUGAGAAGAUGGUUUGGUUGAUAGAAGAAAGUGCAUGGUACAGCAUGGUCACUGAUGAUCAAGCUUACGUCUUCCUUUCAGGGGAUGCAGCGCAAGUAGUCAAUAAGGAACGACUCAAGAAUUUUUUUCUCAGGUAAAUUUAAAAUAGGUUUGCUGAGUGUCUGUUAAGUCCUUAUAUAGAAAGAGACAGACACUACGCCAUGGAACGAAUGGCUUUCCAAGAAAUCUCCGCCUUGUUAAGUCCUUACUACAAAAUAGGUUGUAAACGACUAUGAAUGUAUGAAAGUCAUAGACUUGAACUGCGGAUAAAGACGUGAAUUUGAACCCAUGAUCUCUGCGGUGCAGCGCUCUACCGUCUGAGCUUACAAGCCAACUGGGAGCUGGUCGUUCAACAUAAUGACCAGCUCCCAGUUGGCUUGUUAGCUCAGUUGGUAGAGCGCUGCACCGGUAUCACAGAGGUCAUGGGUUCAAAUCCCAUACAGGCCUGAAUUUUGUUCAGGCCUUAUAUCCACUACUGCUCAAGUAGUGUUCAUUACUGCGAAAAUCGCUAAUAUAUUCAAAACAGAUUGUCUUCAUUCACAUGAUCUCUCUCUAAAAUGAAGAUAAUUUUCUAUUGGUAUCAUUUUCUAGCACGUAUAUUUUUAUUAUAUUCCACUCAAGUAAACACUGCUUUUCACGCUCCCUAAUUGACCAGCUCCAAGUUGACUAAAUAAAUAAAUGACUUGGGAAAAAGUUUGGGUUGGCGACACAAAUCAAAUGAAGUUGUUUAAUCUUCCCAGCCUAAUAUUGUGGAGCAAAUGUCCAAGUUACCGAUUGCUGUCGAGAAUUAUGAAAGUGUCGUUUUAGGACGAAGAAUAACUUAAGUUGAAGGAACAACGCCCUCGUAGUUAAGCUAGUUUAGUUCUGUUAAUAUACCAAAAAACUGGUUGGAAAUAUAACUCCUGACUCGAGAUGUUGUCUUUUCAGCUGCUCAGAGGUGAAUGGUACUUGCUGAUCACCUCCGAACCAGCCAAUCAGCGCGUGCGAAAAGCAUUAUUUAUCUGUGUGGUUAUACUUAUUGUUAAUUAUCUAAUUAGAAUCCAAUGAAGGAAUUUCUUUAGUGAAAAACUGAUGGAGAAAUGAAGCGAAAAUCUUCGACUAUUUCCAGUUAUCCCUGUUUUUGAAUGCUGCUAUUUCCACAGGUUUGAUAGAGAGGCUUCUAAUUUUAGACGUCUGGCGGUACACGUGGUAAACAAAGGCGUCCUAACAAUAGAGUUCUACAAAAGUAAAGAUCGGAGUGAUGGAAAUAUGAUUGGUGUACUGGAUAUGAAACUGCCUCCCGCGCUUGACCUUGCGGUGAGUAUCUUUAGUCAGCGCCGUACAAUAUCAUUUGUUGGUAAUAGCUGUCCCUAUCUCCUCCCCUUGCCACUUUCUGGAACAAACUAGGACCUCACACAAAUAUCUCUACAAAGAGUACAAACAGUUCAGAGCCACUUUAAUUUUCAAAUAUAUGGGUGGAUCAGAACCAUUGGUACAUACUUUUUUAUUCAACUUAACAGAAAGGUGAUUGUUGAUAUGUUGGUUGCAAUUCGUUUUUGACUUUUAAAGCACAUAAAGGGCUGUGACUAACAUGCUGAGUAAUAACUGGACAUUCUUUUCACACAAUUCUCUGGGGAACACAUGGAAAAAUAUGUUAGUUUUGAUUUGUUGCAAAAAGUGUUUCAAUAAUAAAGAAAACAUUCUGAGCUACUAUUGGGUAAGGUGACUGUUGAAGUGUGAAAUGCUUAACUUGCAGAGUACUCCUGUGAAGUUUCUAGGCAUUCCCGUAGAUGACAGAAUGCUUCACGAAGCUCCUUUGGCCGAAAUCCUGGCAGCAUGUAACGGGGUGUUAGAGAAAAUAGGCCGGUGGGAUAUUCAUGAAAGUCAUUUGCGAAGCAACCUCGAUGAAUUUCACAAAAAAUGUAGUUUCUACGGAGCUCUUGCGAGCUUACCCGUAGAGCAUCAACGAAAGUGCUGUGAUGCAAUCAUUAACUUUCUGAGGAUGCACAGACGAACCGGUUUCGAAGGCUUUAAACACAUCGAAGAAUAUCUUAUUCAUGGUAAGUAUGUAAAGCAAUUAACUUUUUUUUUUUUUUCUCAUUUAUAUAUCAAUAAUUUACCUUCUAUAAUACUUCCGAAGCUUCGUUAGAAAGUUAAAACUCACGGGAAACUUUUUAAAGACAUGAUUCGACAUGACUCAUGCCAUUCCAGUUUAUUGUGUUGUAUCCGUUGACUAUGUUUUUGCACGCUACAGUCGACAUAUCUGCAAAAGACAAACGACAAUCACUUUUAAAAUGAACCUCGUUUAUUCUUUCAUUUGUUGCUGAAUCCAUCUGCGUUUGCUCUAGACUCACACACACGUAGCUUUUGACCUCACUAGCGCACUCUUUUUCUUUACUGUUUUAUGUGUUUUCCGGUUUGUGUUAUAUCCAGAUGAGGGCCUUUUUUUCCCGGCCUUUCCACGGUACUCCAUUCUGUAAAUUGUAGCAUUCGGGUUUUUAAUUAAGAAAUGUCACGGCAAAUUUGCUAACACCCAUCUGCUUACUCCUUAGAAGUGAUCCCAGCUUGCUAUUACAUAACCAACAUUUUUUUUUUAAUUCCCUUAGCAAAAGAUGCCUAAUAACUAUCAAUAAAAGCUUACGUCGCGAAUUUUUUGAGAAGCUUUGAGAAUGGUCUUUAUAAAUUAAAAAUCAAGAAACGUAUAAUCGAUGCCAUAAGAAAAGAAGUGGAUGAUGACGAGGUUUGCUGCAGAGCAGCGCUCAGAAAAUUGUACGAGAAAAGUGGAUCCUGAGCUACGAAAGUGAGGAAAGGAGGGUUUAUGUUGUGACUUACGAGUAGGAGUUUUAGUUAUGUGAACGAGAACUUAAUCUUGUUUACCGGCCAAAUGUUCCACUAAAUGAGAGAAGUUUAGUUUCUUAAUAUAAUUAAAGCGACUGUAAAAGUUAGAAGGCCUCAGUUGAAAGGGUAAGCAAUCUUCUCACAAUAGGAUACAGAGAUUAAAAUAUUUGCACAACCAAAGAGGGUUAGACAUUUGGUGAAGAAGAACUUGCUUCAUCAAAAGUAAAAAGACACUUGCCGGUUAAAAUUACACGACUUUCUCUGCGUGCGUCGCUAAAAUGCAGAGGGAAGAAGAGUAGAAAGUCAAAUUGAAGUGCAAAGGACGAAGAAGUUGCGAAAAGAAAAAUAAGUUGAAAGGGAGAAAAAAGAGUGACGAACGACUCCUGAGAUUUGGCAUUUCCUCUCCCUCCCCCUCACGCCAGAUCCUAUCGACACUUUGUUUUCCUUAUCACCUUCUCCUUUGCGCGUCUGCUACGCAGGCCAGAAUAGGCAUCCUUCAGUUGAGACAAAAGAACUUUACUAUACAAGGUAAAAAAACGUAUUAUAAAUGAAUUCGAAAAUAAUCCUUCAUUCUGUUACCUAAACGUUGCUUUAAAUAUUGUGCUGCUAUAGUAUAGCCUUUUCUUUUCAAUCCUUACUUUCAGUUUUUAUAAAUUCUCAUUUUUUAUCUCUAUUGUUGUCAAUAUAAGUUCAUAUAUUCGGCUUUGAGUCGGUUAUUUAAAUUAUUUAUAUCAUUUUAUAGUUGAAAA